AUUCAGAGUGAGUUGUAACAGUUGCAUUCACAGUGAGCUGUAACAGUUGUAUUCAGUGAGUUGUAACAGAUGUACUCAGAGUGAGCUGUAACAAUGUCUAAAACACGGGCCACAGUGUCAGCCCCGCUAGGAGCAGGAGCAGGAUCAGCGCCCGUGUGCUCCCGACUACUCCAGCCGGAGCGUGUGCAUACCUGCCCCGGGACACAGGCUCUCUGUUGGCCGGCAGCAAUGAGCCUGGAGGCGGUCAGGUACCGGCGGGGCAGCCUGCACAUCCUCAACCAGAGGCUGCUGCCGGAGCGCAGCGUCUACCAGGAGAUCCCCGGCGUGGAAGCUGCAUGGAGGGCCAUCAGAGAAAUGCAGGUGAGGGGUGCUCCUGCCAUCGCGAUUGUGGGCUGCCUCAGCCUGGCCGUGGAACUUGACCAGAGAGAGGAGGGAGCCGAGAAGAACGACCUGGUGACCUUUGCCCUGGAGUCGCUGGCAUACCUGGUGACCUCCAGGCCCACGGCGGUGAACAUGGCCCGGGCAGCGCGGGAUCUCUCUGACUUUGUGUCACAUGAGGCCAAGCGGCCGGACUCCACAGCGGAGAGCUUCAAAGAAAGUCUGAUUUCCAGAUGCGAGGCCAUGUUGGACAAGGACAUCCGGGACAAUAAAAGUAUUGGAGACCACGGGGCGAAACACAUCAUCUCCAGGGCGAACACAGACAAAGUAAUUAUCCUCACGCAUUGUAACACCGGCUCACUAGCAACUGCAGGAUAUGGUACAGCACUGGGUGUAAUCCGCUCGCUGUGGGCCAUGGGUCGUCUGGAACACGUUUACUGUACAGAGACUCGGCCAUACAACCAGGGGGCCAGGCUCACGGCCUACGAACUGGUGCAUGACAAGAUCCCAGCCACGCUCAUCGCCGACAGUAUGGUCUCCAUGGCGAUGAAGGAGAAAAGGAUAUCAGCCGUGGUGGUGGGGGCCGAUCGGGUGGUGGCCAAUGGAGACACAGCCAACAAGAUCGGGACCUACCAGGUGGCCAUUGCCGCUUUGCACCACCGCAUCCCUUUCUACGUGGCAGCCCCGAGCUCAUCAUGUGACCUGACACUGGACAGCGGGGAGCAGAUCGUCAUCGAGGAACGGCCUGGUGAAGAGCUGACGGACUUCAAUGGGACCCGCGUCGCUGCGCCAGGUAUCGGCGUGUGGAAUCCCGCGUUUGACAUUACGCCUCACAGCCUCAUCACGGCGGGAAUCAUCACGGAGUUUGGGGUUCACGAUCCCGGAGAGCUUCGGAAAGCACUGGCUGACAAAAUGCAGACUGGGACAUGAGCCACACUUGCUGUCUGUACACUUCCCCUUCGCCCCUUCCUCCCCCUGACCCUUUUGAUGCUCACAUUUCAGUUUUUUUUUUACCAUCGGAAGCCUUCCUCAUUUUUGUUGAAUGCUUGCUCAUCACUUGAUUUUCCUUAUGUUCCCCAAACCAGAGAAUUCACUCCAUGUUCCCUGUGUUUGAAAAUCGUCAACAUGGAGCCACUGUGUUGCCCCACAUUGGUGGCUCAGCAGUUAGUACUGCUGCCUCACAGCACCAGGGACCUGGGUUCGA